GCUGGAAAUGGAUGAUGAACUAGUAAGAGCCAUGUUGUUGGUGUGCCGGAAAACUGAACAUUAUGACAAAGGAUUCGAAAUAAUUCGUGAUGUAUAUGGAUUAACAUCUUCAGGCGACAUUUCACAUAAAACAACGUCAUCAUCUACGACAUAUCGAUGCAUAAUGAACGAAAAAUCUGUGGAUAUUAUGUUAAGCUUGUGUAUUUGUGCCCGAAAGUUCGAAAAAGGCAUAAUGUUAUUCGAUGAAGCUUUAAGUCAAUUUCCGAAUCUCUCGUUGGACAUUUAUAAUUUCAACAAAUUAAUUACUUGUUAUAAUCAAGUUGGAAAAUUUAGCAAGUCCAUUGACGUCUAUUAUCCAAUUAAAGCUCGUGGAUUAGUACCGACCUUAGAAACCUAUGAUAUGUUAUUGACAGCAUGUCGAAUAACAGAAGAUUGGACUACUGGAAAGGAAUUUUUUAAAGAUAUUAUAGCAACGAAGCGGUUGGAUAUUUGUCUGGAUUCUCAUUUGUUGAACAUGAUAUUGGAAUUAUCAAUGUUAGAUAGGAAACCUGGGAACAGUCCGAAGAAAGUGAAAUGGGUAUUAAAACAGAUCGAAUCGUUCGGACCUAGUGGCCCAAGGAUGAUUGAGAAACUUACGAAAACACCAAAGAAAUCCGUGAUAAAAAUUAAUCCUGAUGGAGAAAAGAUACCGAAUUAUUCUUCUGUCUCAAUUGGUAAUUAUACGUCUAUGAACAUGCCGAUAUAUAAUAUAAAGGAUUUGCGAUUUUUAAGAAGAAUAGUGUGGGCUUACGAGGCGGCGUUAGAAAAGGAGUUUUUAAGAGAUUUGGACGACAU